UAGGUUCUAAUGUACUUUGUUAAUAUAAAGCAAUUAAAAAAAAAAAUUCAAAAAGUGUUUUCACUGUAUUACGUAUUGUAUUGUGUUGUGUAUUAGGGUUAAAGGAAAUGUCCAUAAACUUCACGAACUAGGAGAUAAUUACUAGUACCUCAGUUUUUCUACAAUUUCUUUUCAUACAGUGAAACAUUUUUGAAGCAGUAAUUUUUUUUUCAUCUUUUUAAGUACCCAAUAAAUUGAUAGCUCUAGUUAAACUCAGUUAUUAAUAAUUAUUUAUAUUUAAUACAAAGCAAAAGCAAGACUAUGCCAUAGUUUUUGUACUGAAUAAUACAAGCAUAUCGUAAUGGAAAAUUUAUUCACCCAAUCAACAGCCUGCUGAAAGUAGGCACACAUCGUUGUCUCUGCGUUUCCUCUCGUCUCUCAUAAGGAGAAAUCUCUGUCUGAUUUAUCCUGCCUGAAACAGACAGUGACACUUAUAUCAUCUGUCUUAUUGCUAUGGUCCCUGUAGGAGCAGAAACAUAAACACAGCGAGGCAGGAGACAGCUGCAUACACCUCUGCCUGCGGUGAACAGUGCUGUCAGUUUCAGGAAACGUUCUCAAGAAAACCUGUCUGCACUCUGGUCCGGGGCAGUAUGAACCUGACUGAUGUCCUGUCUCCAUGCCAACCAGAGUCUCAGGUCGAGGUAAACCUAAACCCACCUGUCAGAAGGUGACCUCUCUGCCCCAAUCCAAGCUCUACAGGAAUAUGCACGGCCUGCACGAUGGAGUCCAACAGCACCGAGUUGGGCCUGUACUCACCAUCCGACACCCUGGGAAUGGGAAUCUACUUGGCAUCCACUCCGUGGCCACUGCUCCAGAACACAAGCCUCAUCAACCUCAGUGCUGUUUUCAAGCUUAAUGGGAGUAAUGUCGAGGUUGAAGGGCAAACCUAUGAUCCUCUGGGCGGCCACUCGCUCUGGCAAGUCAUUCUCAUCGUUGUCUUUACAGGACUGCUUUCCCUUAUUACUAUUAUCGGAAACAUCUUGGUCAUGGUGUCGUUUAAGGUCAACCGCCAGCUCAAAACGGUUAACAAUUACUUCCUACUCAGUUUAGCCGUGGCAGAUCUCAUCAUUGGGGUCAUCUCUAUGAACCUGUACACUGCUUACAUUGUCAUGGGCCAGUGGGCAAUGGGAAACUGGGCGUGCGACCUCUGGCUAGCAAUAGACUACGUAGCCAGCAAUGCAUCCGUCAUGAAUCUGCUGGUCAUUAGCUUUGACCGGUAUUUCUCCAUUACAAGGCCUCUCACGUACCGUGCCAAACGUACCACCAGGCGGGCAGGAAUGAUGAUUGGCCUGGCAUGGUUUGUGUCGCUCAUACUUUGGGCUCCUGCCAUUUUGUUCUGGCAGUAUUUUGUAGGAGAAAGAACCGUUCCACCGGAUAAAUGCUACAUUCAGUUUCUCUCCGAGCCCAUUAUUACAUUUUGCACCGCGAUGGCGGCUUUCUACCUGCCGGUGACGAUAAUGAGCGUUCUGUACUGGCGAAUAUACAAAGAGACAGAGAACCGUUCUCGGGAACUUGCAGGAUUACAAGGCUCGGUUGGAAGGUUCGGAGGUGUUGAGCGACCACGCUUCCACCUCCACGCCACUGGGGGGAGCUCUAGAAGCUGCAGCAGCUUCGAACUGGGCCAACCUGGCCACAAACAAAGCUCAGUUCAUGGCCUGAGUGGGCGAUUCCACUGCUGGGGGUGGAAGUUGGGUGGCAGGGAUAAAGGUGGGCCGCACCGGGAGGCGGAUCAGAGCAGCAGCGACAGCUGGAACAACAAUGAAGCUGGACUAUCAGCUGACCACUCGGGCUCAUCUGACGACGACGAGAGUGCGCCAUCCACCACACGGGCGAUCUUCUCCAUUGUUCUCAGUAUGCCUGGCGUGAGGGCAGCUGUAAACUCCCAGGUCACUUCUUGUGAGGAUUUGGACACUGAUGAAGAUCCAUUACGGUCCCCUGUGGAGAACGACGGCAGAGAUGGCAGCAUGUCCCGCUCUGUCACCAAUGGGAACAAGCGGUUUGUCGGAAGCAUGAGUAAAGUUCAGUCAAUGUCCGCCAUACAACCGUCAACGGAUCCAAACAUUGAUGGCACCAACACCACCGUCAAAUCUCCCUCAGCGCCCAUAACUUUCAAAGAGGCAGCUCUAGCAAAACGUUUUGCAGCUUGCGCAAGGACGCAAAUCACCAAGCGGAAGCGCAUGUCGCUAAUAAAAGAAAAGAAAGCGGCGCAAACUCUAAGCGCCAUCCUUUUCGCUUUCAUUAUUACGUGGACGCCAUAUAACAUCAUGGUGCUAGUAAACACUUUCUGCAACGGCUGCAUACCUGAGAACCUCUGGGCGCUAGGCUAUUGGCUUUGCUACGUUAACAGUACAGUAAAUCCUAUGUGCUACGCCCUUUGCAACAAGACUUUUCGUACCACUUUCAAGAUGAUCCUGCUUUGUCGCUGGGAUCAGAAAAAAAGCAAGCCAAGCUUUCCGCAAAGACAGGCUGUGAGGUUUCACAGGAGCAUACCCACAGACUCUACAUAGGAACCUGGUUGCGAAGCUAAUUUGCUAAUGCUAAAAUGUACGUUUCAAGGGGUGAUUCCUCAAGUAUCUGUACUAUAUAAUGAAGCUUUAAUGUGUGAGUCUCAAUGUGGACGUGUAGUUCAGUCACUUAUGAUUCCGGGUCACUAGAUUGUAACAUUUUAAGACACUGUGGUUUAGUGUACAAAGAGCUUCGGUGAUACUGAAGCACAACUGAGCAAGUGCAAUUGCCAUCAGUACUUCCUGUGGACUUUUAUAUGCCUUUUACUAAAUCAGCAGUGCCAACUUUCAGGAGUUCAGCAGCGACAUAUAAAAAGUACAUUUGAAAGGAGACCGUAUUUUGAACCUCAGAGAGCUGAUCGGAUGUGAUGCUCUCAAUUACUUGUUAGAAUUUUUUUGGGGUUUAAUAUUAAAUAUCUCAUUUUUGUCAGUAAACAGAAACUAAAAUAUGAUUUUUAAAUAAGGUGAUGUAUAUCAAAGUAUUUACGGUGAAGAUAUUUCUUUUUCUAAGUGGAAUUUGCUGAUUUCUGUGAAAGCGUGCCACAGAGGUUCAGUAUCUUUGCUGUCUCGGUAAGUGUAAGUGUUCUUCUGCAACAUGUGAGCCACAGUUGAACAGUUUGUAGGUUUUUCUCUCCUGUUGAGAAUUUUGGUUAUUCAUAAACAGCACUUCCGUAAGCUGCUCUUGUAUAAAGCGUGGUUGUUUACAUUUGUUUUGCUAAAAGUAUUUUAAUAGCUAUUAUGUAGGUUUUCAGUGCACAUUGAAUAUGUUUGUAUAUGUUUGGAAUGCCUUAUGUUUGGACUUUGAGAUUGUGCACUGAAUAUACUGGGCUAGCUGUGAAAUCAUUUAUGAAACCUAAAGAAUGUUUUUAACUGUUUAAUGGACAUUCAGAUUUUGACAUUAGUGCGUUGGAAUGUAAUUCCAUUUACAGCCAAACUGUUUGCUGUCACCACCACAUUUGGGAAUGCCAGGCUUUAACACAACAAGCCAAUUUAGUUUCCUAAAGUAGCUGCAGAUUUGCUUCAUAAAAAGCACACAAAAUACAGACCUAUCAAUCAAACAUGCAUCUUUCUUCAACUAUGGGCUCCUUUGGCACUGUGGAGAAAUUAAAAUAAUUUAAAACACACUUUUUACACACAUUUAAUUUGCCUACUAACAAUGUCCAACAGUGGUCAUAUUUCUAAAACAUUGUGUAUAUGUGUGAUUUCCAUAACAUCUUAAAUGAUGUAUUUAAUAACAAUAAUAAAGUUUAUUAACAGUCUGUGAUGGAAAUUGCAUUUUAAACAUUUAUGGGAUAAAUGGCCUACUCCUUUUUCAUGCUAAAGCUAAUUUCAUAGCAUUUUAUGGAUCCUAAAAACACAAUUAAAUGCCAUUCCUUACAAAAAUUAAAGCUUGAUUGGAAAUUACACAAAUUUUACACUUGCCAUUCAGUUCCAACGCUAGUGUUUUGAAGAAAUAUGAAUAAUUGCCUGAUUUGUAACUUAGCCACCAUUUGUAUUAGAGUAAAGAAACAGAAACUUUUUGAUAUGUUUUAUGUUUUACAUUGCAAACAAAGGCUGUAUGUUUUGUAAGGCCUUGUAAGAUCAAAGUUAAAAUUGAGCUUCUGUGCGGUGUGUUGUUUGUGGCUGUGCUCUCGUUUUGUUCCAAAUUGGCUGUGUACAAGUUAAAGUUAAAGUUACUGUCAGAUUUGUGAUAACUGUUGAAUGUUACAAAAAUACAGCCUAGUGCAAAAUGCAUUUUUAUCCUCAGAUUGUUUCUCAAAAUAAAUGUAACAUUUUAAAAUGAAC